AUGUUUGGUAAAUUAGUAGACUUAGAAGAGGAUGAAUUUAUUGAAGAACCAUUAACAAGAUCAUCAAAGAAAGAAAAGAAAUCAUCAUCUAGUAGUAACAGUAGUAGUAAAAAGAAAGAAUCAUCAUCAUCUACAAGUGGUAGUAUUAGUAAAAAACAAACAACAACUACAACAACAUCAAGUAGCCCAAGUAAUCAUAAAAAUCAUGAUGAGGAUGAAUUUGAUGUAAUUCAUAGAAAGAAUGAAAGUUCAGGUAGUAUUAGAGGACCAGUACCAAUUACAGAGGAUGAAUUUAAUCAAAGAAUUAAUUCAAAUUAUUAUAGUUAUGAUAUUUAUUCAUCAUCAGAGGAUGAAGCAGAUGAUGAUCAUAAAGCAAUUAAAAAAGCAUCAUCAUCUUCAAAGAAACCAAAAGAGAUUAGACCAAUAACCUCAUCAAAUGAAGACAACAGUGGUAAUGAAGUUGAUGGUGUACGUGGUGGCAGUGGUGAACAACAAAGUUCGCUUGACAAAAAGAUAUCAUCACAUUUAUCAGUUAUCGAUCGUGGUUGGGUAUUGGAAGCAGAACAUAAUCAUGCAACUAUGGAGGGUGAGUUAUUGAAAAAGAGUAGAUUCGCCGCAGGUUGGAAGAAAUAUUAUUUCGUAUUGAUUGGUAAUCAUUUACAUUAUUUUAAAACCAAAAAAGCAAGAAAACCAAAAGGUACAAUCACAAUCUCAUUCAUCACACCACCAAUCCCAUUGAAAGAAAAGAAUCUUAUCGAUAUGAAAACUCCAAACGUUGGUAAUUAUCAAUUACAAAUCUUUUCAAAGAAUAAAAGAAUCGAUUCACUUUGUGCCUCUACAAAUGAAGAAUUUGAACAAUGGAAUUCAGUUUUACAAAAUCUAGUUAGAACUAAUCUAACUCAAACCGAUUAUGAUGAACGUCUCGAAGCUUACACUGUAGUUUCACCAUUGUUUGAACAAAAAACUCAAGUUGAAUUGGAUCGUCUUUUAAUUUUACUUCAAGAGAUUGAUACUUACUCUUCAAAUAUUUUGAAUAAAUCUAAAAAAGAUAAAUCUGGUAAUCUAUUAAUAAUGGAAGAUAGUGAUGAUCAAAUAACUUGGAAAGGUUAUUAUUUCGUUUUAGUUGAAAGAUGUUUAUAUUAUUAUAAAAGUUCAAAAAUGCCACCACAAGGUGUUAUUACAUUAAAAUAUACAGAUAUUUCAGUUUGUGAUUCACCAGAUCUUAGACAUUGCUUUAAAUUAUCAACACCAUUAAGUGUAUUUAUAUUGAAAGCUAAACAUCAUGUUGCAAUGAAAGAUUGGGUAUUAGCAUUAAAUAAUGCAAAAGAAGGUAAGAAAUUAAUUGAUAUGCCACCAAUGGAUAAAUUAAAAUUAAAUCAACAACCAAGAGUGUCAGAAGAAGGUGUUCAUCAACAACCAAUCAAUGGUUAUGGUAAAAAGUUCACUGCAACUUUAAUUAUCACACCCUUCGAUUUACCACCAACUGAAAAACCAGCUGUUGUCAAAUUAAAUUUAGGUAAUAAUACAAUUGGUCGUUCUGAAAGUUGUAUUGUCACUGUUGGUGAUAAAAAAGUAUCAAGAAGCCAUUGUAAAAUUGAAGUUUCUGAAAAUUCUGUAAUUAUCAUUGAUUUAGGUUCUGGUCAUGGUACUAAAGUUAAUCAUAAAAGAAUUAGUAAAGCUUAUCUCUUACCUGGUGAUACUAUUAAAAUUGGUAAAACUCUCUUAAAAUUAGAAGCUGUAAAAAAGAAGAAAUAA